UGCACUUUGCAGUAAGUUGCAGGCGGCUGUUGCUGGCGUGGCGGUCGCUGGUCACGGGGAACUUCAACACGCUGGAUCCCAAAGUCCGUCUCUGUUACCCGCGCAGUUCGGAGCUGCCAUGGACCUUUCACCUGGAUUUGCCAUUUUAAUAAUGUUGCCGGUCUUUCUGCAAACGAGCGGUCUCUAUAUCUCCAGUAGCAUAGAUUCCCUGCAGCACAAGCUUGGGGACUAUGGACUGGUGAGGCCCAUGCUCACGGACGCGGAAGGCCGAUUCCUCUCGCACGCCGUCUCAGUCGGCCAGGUGAGCGAUCGGCAGUUCCGUAGGCGCUGGCGUAGAGAGGCGGGGUCAUACGGUGACGGUGGCGAUGACCCCCAGGACGAUGACCCCCAGACGACCCGGGAACAACAACCACAACAACAUGCGACCAGUGACAGCACCAGCAGCAACAGCAGCAGCACCAGCAGCGGAACCAGCAACAGCCAUAGCACCAGCCACAGCAGCAGCAGUACUCUCCACGAGCGACUAUACUACAAUGUCACCAUCUUCGGCCGGGAAAUGCACCUUCGGUUGAGGCUCAACUCAAGACUGGUGGCCCCCGGAGCCAAGAUGGAGUGGCAUAGCAGCGCUGGAGAAGGAGGGAGGGAGGAGGGGAGGAGAGGAGGAGGAGGAGGGCAGCCGACGGGACAUACGGUGUAUUCGGAGCCCCUGUACACCGGCUGCCUGUACGUGGGGGAGGUCCUCGGCACGCACGGGGCUGCUGUGGCCAUAAGCAACUGCGACGGCCUGGCGGGAAUGAUCCGGACGGAGCAUGAGGAGUUCUUUAUCGAGCCGCUGGAGAAAGGGAGGCACAUCAUUCAGCGGGAGCAGGAGGGGGGCGGUCGGGAGCACAUCGUGUACCGCACCUCAGCCCUAAAGAAGCCUCACGUCAGCCCACGGUCCGCCGCCACCGCCGCAGACGACUACCGCGCUCGAGGCGCUGCUCUGGACGGCCUGAUGGACCUGGAGGCCAUAUACCGCGGCGUGGAGCAGCACGCCAACCAGAGCCGCAGCCGGAGGCAGCGCAGGCAGGCCCAGGGCCACCAGGGGGACUACAACAUCGAGGUCAUGCUGGGGGUCGACAACUCGGUGCAGGAGUUCCAUGGAGGCGAGCACGUGCAGAUGUACCUGCUCACCCUCAUGAACAUCGUGAAUGAGAUCUACCAUGACGACUCUCUGGGGGCCCGGAUCAAUGUGGUGCUGAUUCGAAUCGUCGCGAUCAACGCCACCACGUCUGCCAGGCUGAUUGUGACAGGCAACCCCGCGUCCAGCCUGCAGAACGUGUGUCGCUGGGCCUGGGAGCAGCAGAAGGGCAGUGUGGACGACAAACAUCACCACGACCACGCCAUAUUCCUCACACGACAGGAGUUCGGACCCACCGGCAUGCAAGGUUAUGCCCCUGUGACGGGGAUGUGCCACCCGGUGCGGAGCUGUACUCUGAACCACGAGGACGGCUUCUCAUCUGCAUUCGUGGUGGCGCACGAAACUGGACAUGUCCUGGGCAUGGAGCAUGAUGGCCAGGGUAACAGGUGUGGUGACGACGUGCCCCUUGGCAGCAUCAUGGCUCCUCUGGUGCAGGCUGCCUUCCACCGCUUCCAGUGGUCCCGCUGCAGCAAGCACGAGCUCAACAGAUACCUCCACUCCUACGACUGUCUCCGCGAUGACCCCUUCAACCAUGACUGGCCGCCCCUCCCCUCGCUGCCCGGUCUCCACUACUCCAUGAACGAGCAGUGCCGCUUCGACUUCGGGGCCGGAUACAUGAUGUGCACGGCGUACCGACCAUUUGACCCGUGCAAGCAGCUAUGGUGCAGCCAUCCUGACAACCCUUUCUUCUGCAAAACCAAGAAGGGCCCGCCCAUCGAUGGGACUACGUGUGGAGAUGGCAUGCACUGUUUUAAGGGCCACUGUAUGCAGCUGAGUAUCGAGCUGACGCGUCAGAAUGGCCACUGGGGCGCCUGGAGUCCAUGGGGCCAGUGCACACACACCUGCGGGGGAGGGGUGCGCUUCCGCACGCGAGACUGCAACAAUCCUCCCCCUGUCAAUGGGGGCCGCACGUGCCUGGGCCCCACCAACCAGUUUGAGCUGUGUCAGUUCGAGAGGGAGUGCCAGAGCUACCAGGACUCCCGGGAGAAGCAGUGCCAACAGCACAGCCGCACCAAGAACCACUGGUUGCCUUACGAACACAUAGACCCGAAGCAGCGUUGUCAGCUGCACUGCCAGUCCAAGGAGUCUCGUCGCGUGAUGCUGAUGGCAAACACGGUGGAGGAUGGCACACGCUGCUCUUAUAAGGACCCCUACAGUAUGUGUGUGCGGGGCACCUGCGAGAAAGUGGGCUGUGAUGGAGUGCUGGGGUCCGCACAGCAAGAGGACUACUGCGGCGUUUGUGGAGGUGACAACUCCAGCUGCCAUACCGAGAAGGGCAAUGUCAACAAGGUCACGCGCCAAGGUUACCUGCGAGUGCUUCAUAUUCCAAGUGGGGCUCGACAUCUCCUCAUCACCAUCCCCAACGGAGCCCCACAUUCUUUAGUGGUGAAGAACACGGUCAACAGGCAGUUCUUCCUGAACGCAGACCAAAAGGUGCAGGAGUCCAUCUCGGUGAUCGAGAAGGGGGUGGAGUGGGAGUACGAGAAGGACAAGGACAAAGCCACACUUCAGGCCACCGGCCCUCUCAGACACGACAUAGAGAUCAUGAUCAACACUAAAGGUGCUCGCAACAUCACCCUGAGCUACAAGUACAUCGUGAAGAGGAAGGAGUCCCCCCCGGCCGCCAACGACAACGACCUCCCCCAGGAGGAGGUGGAGCCCUACGGCUGGGAGAUGGACGGCUGGUCCCUGUGCAGCAAGACCUGUGGACAAGGGAUGAGACAUCAACGUUAUACCUGCACGAGAACCACAGAUGGCGCAAGGGUGGAGGAGCGUUAUUGUGUGCACAUCAUGAGACCAUCGAUAGAGACGCAGUAUUGCAACGAGAACGACUGUCCAAUACCCAUCUGGGACGUGGGCGAGUGGGAGCCGUGCAGUGAGACGUGUGGGAAGCUGGGCUACCAGACGCGCCUGGUGGCCUGCUACCGGGUGCAGGAGGACGGCACCAGGCGCAAGAUACGCAACAAGUACUGCAACGACAACCGGCCGGACUCGCGCCAGCCCUGCAACAGGCACCCCUGCCCUCACUGGAAAGUGGGGCCGUGGUCUGAGUGUUCUGUCACAUGUGGUAGUGGGAGUCAGGAGCGCCAGGUGCAGUGUCGCAACCGUGGCGCCAUCAACGGGACCUGUAUGGAGGCCCACAAGCCAGCCCUGGUGCAGAAGUGCUUCAUGUCUCCCUGUCAGAGUUAUUUCCUGAUCCAGUGGCUGUCCAAGCCUAACUCGCGCGACCUGGCCCCAAGGCUCUCCUCAAAGUACAAAUGCUACAAAGACAGAUCAGUUUUCUGCAAAAUGGAAGUCCUGCAACAGUACUGCAACAUGCCUGGGUACCAGCGUCUGUGCUGCGUAUCUUGCGCGGCGAACAUCACUGCAUCUGCUAAACCUAAACCGAAGACACAACUUACCAAAACUACCACACCGCAAACGACAACCGCCCAUGUCAAGCCAACUCAUACCAAAAGCACCACACAAAGAACAACAACUGCCCAUGUCAACCCCAUAAAUACCAAAACUACCACAAAAAGAACAACAACUGUCAAGCCCACACAUACCAUUACUACCACAAAAAGAACAACAACUAUCAAGCCCACUAAAGCCAACACUACCACACAAAAAACGACAACUGUCAAGCCCACCAAAAACAAAACUACCACACAAAGAACGACAACUGUCAAGCCCACCAAAGCCAAAACUACCACACAAAGAACGACAACUGUCAAGCCCACCAAAGCCAAAACUACCACACAAAGAACAACAACUGUCAAGCUUACCAAAGCCAAAACUACCACACAAAGAACAACAACCGUCAAGCCCACUAAAGCCAAAACUACCACACAAAGAACAACAACAGUCAAGCCCACUAAAACCAAAACUACCACACGAAGAACAACAACAGUCAAGCCCACUAAAACCAAAACUACCACACGAAGAACAACAACAGUCAAGCCCACUAAAACCAAAACUACCACACGAAGAACAACAACAGCUCGUGUCAAGCCCACUCGUACUAAAAGUACCACUAAAAGAACGACAACUGUCAAGCCCCGCAAAGCCAAAAGUACCACACAGCGAACGACGACAGUGCGUGCCAAGCCCACCAAAGCCAAAAGUACCACACAGCGAACGACAACCGUCCCUGUCAAGCCUACCAGAGCCACCUGGCUGCAGCCAACCCAGAGCUCCAGGGCUGCCUCGUCUUUUACCACCAGUCAGAGCGACAAUGCUGUUACUACACUGGAGCAAGACAGUUGGGGAAACUACACAACCCAAAGCUACACAACACCGUUCACUUCUGUCCCUGAAGGCCCCUACACCAUGUCAUCCAAUAAUGAUACGUCCCACAAUAACAACUCGUUCAGUAAUGGCACAUCACAAAACAGCACAAUGGAUUAUGAGGGUACUGACUCUACGGGCACCUGGUUUGAUUAUACCCCUACAGAAGGUCCAACAGACACAAUGGACGACUCAAUGGUAACCAGCACAUUUUCUCCACCUCACAAUGCCACACUCGGCAUCACUGAGGAUGGAGAGGAGGACCACAUUGCCUUGACCACGUCUGAUUGGACUGGAGUGACUGCACAUACAGCUGAAAUGGUCAGCAUUCCAUCAACCCAUUCUGACCACACUGAAGAGAGCUUCACACUUUCCGACCGCACCAAAGCGGACGACUUCACACUUUCAGACCACACAGGAGACAUGAGCUUCAUGUCAACAUCACCAGUGCCAAUGACAACAUCAACAGCAGCAUUGAUGACAUCUUCUCCAACAGUGACAUCCGUCAGCUUCACCACCAAACCAGCCAGACAGCCUGAGGUGACAAGUGAAGGCAACGCCAUCAAAAUCCCCUUCCGGGUCAACAACGACAAUGGGCCUGUGAACAACGCCAUUUCCCAACGCAAUCGCCUCUUCUUACGCGACCGGACAAGGAACAAGCGUAUUCAACAGCUUCUGGAGGAGAGGCGGAACUUACUGCUCCGGUUAAAACGAGAGCAAGCAACUGCCUGACCGCCAUCCAGCUGACAUUUGAGCUGUCAACUGCACAAUCCCCUUGCCCUUUGCCCCUACCCUACCCAACCUCCAGGUCAUGUUAUUCAAAGAGUCUAGUUCCUAUGGAACUGGACUUUUUUGGAGCUUGGAAGGCAUUCAUCAUUCACAGACCUUAAGUUACAUGGUUGAUGUGGCAUGGAAUACCAGCAAAAAGUUCUGCUUUUCCAGACCACUCCCUCCACUUUUCCAAAUCCUUCAAAGGAGUUGUGUCUGAUGUUGAGUGGAGAAGGUAGUGGUCAGGAGAAGUAUAACUAUGGGUACUUGAAACACCUUGACAUGUGUCUCCUUUGUCAAGUGGAGAAGGGAGAGGUUUGGAGAUGUAUGACUCCAAGGUAUUCACUGUUACAUCAACCAGACAAUUGGUCACAUUGUUCGGAUGAGGAGCAAGAUGUAUUUUGAGCACCAAGAACAAGUCCAGUUGCUUACAACUCUUUGGAUAAUUUACCCUACCCUACCUUACUCUACCCAUUCCCCAACCUUCAGCAAUCUCAUUGCUGGUCUUGGUACGUGGUAUGCGAAGACGAUACAAAUAUGGUACUUGUGCGUCCUCGAGCAUAAGGACUUGAGAGGAUGGUGAACUGAACUUUUUGUAAAUCAAGGAACCACUGGCAAAUGUUUGCACAGUUGCUUUGAAUUGGGGAAAAAAACUUUAUCUUAGUCAGUUGUUCCCUCUCUUCACACUUGACUUUCAAUUCAUUAUGUUUUUGUACAUUUUAGACAUGUUCAUGUUUGACUCAUGACAUGAUCACAGUUUUAUCAAUAUCCACAAAAUUCAGAAUACCCCAAACAAUUAAGGAACCCAUGUUUCAUUUGAUGCUUCCAUCUCAUCUGAAGUUUUAUUUAUUCAGGUGUAAUUGGUUUUUAUGUGUCUUCUUGUGUUUGUCAAAACCCUUUUAUGUAAUUCAGAUUAGGCGAGUUGUAUCUUUAUAAACGCUAACUGCCAUUGUAUAAAUUUAACAUUUUAAGUUUAGCAACUGCAGCUCAUUCUAAACCCUUAUCAUGCUUGGAGCAAGCAUCGCCAUAGACUGCAGUCAUUUUUAUCAACCCGAUAAAUUCAAGAUGAAUCCAACUCCAAUGGACGCAACACCUUUUGCCCUUUUAAGCUAUUGUGCUUUCAGCUCGUCUUUGCGUCCUGGUCUCUUUGAUCACAGUCAUUCCUAGCUCUUAACAUCGCAAAAAGUCGAUAGCCCUGAAAAAAGAUACCAUAAGCAUUCUGUACACUGUAAAUAAAUUCAAUGUUCCCCAAAGUUCCACAGUUUGUCAUAGUGAGGGGAAUUCCUUGAUGCAGUAACAGCACUUUUUAUCAGGGUCAUUGUUGUUAACUUUUACGCGUAAUUGUGUGUAGAGGCUGAGAGUUGUCAGGCUGACAGUUUGAGACCUGGGAACUUUUCAAGGACUGGCUGAAACAGUGGCCUGGUUGGUCUAAAAACAGUCUCUGCUCUCAGUGACUAAAGUCCAUAACAGACUUCAAGUGGAAGAGAGCUGUGAGAGAGUCAGUGUAUUGGGUCGACCAAGAGACAUACAGGUACAAAAUAAAAAAUCAUAAUCUUCUGCUGUAGGGCUAAUACCAGAAAAUGGACAUUAAUGUAAAAUCUUAAGGGUAUUAAAUGGUAUCAGGGUUUGUGAAGCAUUCUUGCUUAGUGCUGAUGAUGAUGAUUAUGAUAAUGAUUAUCAGAUUUUCACAUUAAAACUUUAUACCGUAAUUCUGAAUCCAUUAUCCACACUGAUAUUCACACUCUGUGAUCAUUGUGAGUUAGUUAUGUUAUUAUUUGUAGUGAGUAUGCAGUGCGUUAUACACCAAGUUUGUAUUGCCACAGAAGCCUGUGAAAUCUGUGCAAAAUAUAGUACAAUGCUCUCUGGAUACAAUAUGUCAUGUGUGCAUGCUACAUUUACUUGGUCUGUUUAGAUCAUUUCGGCGACAUCAAGCCCAGAGAAUUUAAAAAAAUCAUGCCCAAAAGUCAGUGGUUUGGUCGUUACAGGUUCACUCCAUUUUGAUAGCCUUUCUGGCCCCGUGGAGUUUCUGGAGAUGUGACUGGUGCUAUUGUUAAAUGCUGUGUGUUGUCAGCUGCGGGUGUUUAUAAAUGUGCUGGAUUAAAUGUGGCUUUCUUUGACUGUUUGAUGGUCCUUACAAACUUUGAGGGAGUUUCUUGUAGUUUUUCUUGCUUUUUUGUUGUUGUUUGUUUGUACGUUUGUUUGUUUUUGUUCAAUUCUACUCAUUCAGGGACGGGGGACAUGCCACAGUCUGGGGUAACAUUCAUAAAUUCUAUUUUGUUUUUGUAAUGUUAUUUUUUAUGAUGAUUUUCUGUCAAUAGCUUCACAUCUUUGAUACUCACAUUGCACCUUAAGUACAUUGUCCCCAAAAUGGAAAUCAACAAUACAGAAAGUAAAAGAAUCGUGCCUUGCAUUUAUUUUCAUGUUGGUGGCAAUAUAUUUUUGAUGAGAUUGUUAUAUUUCAUAUUCUAAAUAAUAUUUUUAAAGCAAGAACAAAAAAUAAAAAAAACAUUAUUGUAUUCUAUGCAUCUCAUAGACGCAUUAAGGAAGAGUUAUUUCAGUCUCAUUACUGGGCAUUUUUUUCAUGAUUGCCAAAACACUAUUUGUUGUACAGCACAGAUAUAUGUACAUAUGAAUGACUUUGGAGUAUUUAUUGAAGAUUAUUAAAGUUUUCAUACACAUAUCAACUUGCAGAGGAAAA